AUGAAGGUGGGUAGUAUAACUCAGCUUCUACCCACCUUCCACACGGAGGUGGGUAGUAUAACUCAGUUUCUACCCACCUUCCACACGGAGGUGGGUAGUAUAACUCAGUUACUACUCACCUUCCACACGGAGGUGGGUAGUAUAACUCAGUUACCACCCACCUUCCACACGGAGGUGGGUAGUAUAACUCAGUUACUACUCACCUUCCACACGGAGGUGGGUAGUAUAACUCAGUUACCACCCACCUUCCACACGGAGGUGGGUAGUAUAACUCAGUUACUACUCACCUUCCACACGGAGGUGGGUAGUAUAACUCAGUUACCACCCACCUUCCACACGGAGGUGGGUAGUAUAACUCAGUUUCUACCCACCUUCCACACGGAGGUGGGUACUAUAACUCAGUUUCCACCCAACUUCCACACGGAGGUGGGUAGUAUAACUCAGUUUCUACCCACCUUCCACACGGAGGUGGGUACUAUAACUCAGUUUCCACCCAACUUCCACACGGAGGUGGGUAGUAUAACUCAGUUUCUACCCACCUUCCACACGGAGGUGGGUACUAUAACUCAGUUUCCACCCAACUUCCACACGGAGGUGGGUAGUAUAACUCAGUUUCUACCCACCUUCCACACGGAGGUGGGUAGUAUAACUCAGUUACUACUCACCUUCCACACGGAGGUGGGUAGUAUAACUCAGUUACCACCCACCUUCCACACGGAGGUGGGUAGUAUAACUCAGUUUCUACCCACCUUCCACACGGAGGUGGGUACUAUAACUCAGUUUCCACCCAACUUCCACACGGAGGUGGGUAGUAUAACUCAGUUUCUACCCACCUUCCACACGGAGGUGGGUACUAUAACUCAGUUUCCACCCAACUUCCACACGGAGGUGGGUAGUAUAACUCAGUUUCUACCCACCUUCCACACGGAGGUGGGUACUAUAUUUCAGUUUCCACCCAACUUCCACACGGAGGUGGGUAGUAUAACUCAGUUUCUACCCACCUUCCACACGGAGGUGGGUAGUAUAACUCAGUUACUACUCACCUUCCACACGGAGGUGGGUAGUAUAACUCAGUUUCUACCCACCUUCCACACGGAGGUGGGUAGUAUAACUCAGUUUCUACCCACCUUCCACACGGAGGUGGGUACUAUAACUCAGUUUCCACCCAACUUCCACACGGAGGUGGGUAAUAUAACUCAGUUACCACCCACCUUCCACAUGAAGGUGGGUAGUAUAACUCAGUUUCUACCCACCUUCCACACGGAGGUGGGUACUAUAACUCAGUUUCUACCCACCUUCCACACGGAGGUGGGUAGUAUAACUCAGUUUCUACCCACCUUCCACACAGAGGUGGGUACUAUAACUCAGUUUCCACCCAACUUCCACACGGAGGUGGGUAGUAUAACUCAGUUUCUACCCACCUUCCACACGGAGGUGGGUAGUAUAACUCAGUUACUACUCACCUUCCACACGGAGGUGGGUAGUAUAACUCAGUUACCACCCACCUUCCACACGGAGGUGGGUAGUAUAACUCAGUUACCACCCAACUUCCACACGGAGGUGGUUAGUAUAACUCAGUUACUACUCACCAUCCACACGGAGGUGGGUAGUAUAACUCAGUUACCACCCACCUUCCACACGGAGGUGGGUAGUAUAACUCAGUUUCUACCCACCUUCCACACGGAGGUGGGUACUAUAACUCAGUUUCCACCCAACUUCCACACGGAGGUGGGUAGUAUAACUCAGUUUCUACCCACCUUCCACACGGAGGUGGGUAGUAUAACUCAGUUUCUACCCAACUUCCACACGGAGGUGGGUAGUAUAACUCAGUUUCUACCCACCUUCCACACUGAGGUGGGUAGUAUAACUCAGUUUCUACCCACCUUCCACACGGAGGUGGGUAGUAUAACUCAGUUUCUACCCAACUUCCACACGGAGGUGGGUAGUAUAAUUCAGUUUCUACCCACCUUCCACACGGAGGUGGGUAGUAUAACUCAGUUACUACUCACCUUCCACACGGAGGUGGGUAGUAUAACUCAGUUACCACCAACCUUCCACACGGAGGUGGGUAGUAUAACUCAGUUACUACCCACCUUCCACACGGAGGUGGGUAGUAUAACGCAGUUACUACCCACCUUCCACACGGAGGUGGGUAGUAUAACUCAGUUUCUACCCACCUUCCACACGGAAGUGGGUAGCAUAACUCAGUUUCUACCCACCUUCCACACGGAGGUGGGUAGUAUAACUCAGUUUCUACCCACCUUCCACACGGAGGUGGGUACUAUAACUCAGUUUCUACCCACCUUCCACACGGAGGUGGGUAGUAUAACUCAGUUUCUACCCACCUUCCACACGGAGGUGGGUAGUAUAACUCAGUUACUACUCACCUUCCACAUGGAGGUGGGUAGUAUAACUCAGUUUCUACCCACCUUCCAUACGGAGGUGGGUAGUAUAACUCAGUUUCUACCCACCUUCCACACGGAAGUGGGUAGCAUAACUCAGUUUCUACCCACCUUCCACACGGAGGUGGGUAGUAUAACUCAGUUUCUACCCACCUUUCACACGGAGGUGGGUAGUAUAACUCAGUUUCUACCCACCUUCCACACGGAGGUGGGUAGUAUAACUCAGUUUCUACCCACCUUCCACAUGGAGGUGGGUACUAUAACUCAGUUUCCACCUAACUUCCACACGGAGGUGGGUAGUAUAACUCAGUUUCUACCCACCUUCCACACGGAGGUGGGUAGUAUAACUCAGUUACUACUCACCUUCCACACGGAGGUGGGUAGUAUAACUCAGUUACCACCCACCUUCCACACAGAGGUGGGUAGUAUAACUCAGUUUCUACCCACCUUCCACACGGAGGUGGGUAGUAUAACUCAGUUACUACUCACCUUCCACACGGAGGUGGGUAGUAUAACUCAGUUACCACCCACCUUCCACACGGAGGUGGGUAGUAUAACUCAGUUACUACUCACCUUCCACACGGAGGUGGGUAGUAUAACUCAGUUACCACCCACCUUCCACACGGAGGUGGGUAGUAUAACUCAGUUACCACCCACCUUCCACACGGAGGUGGGUAGUAUAACUCAGUUUCUACUCACCUUCCACACGGAGGUGGGUAGUAUAACUCAGUUACUACUCACCUUCCACAUGAAGGUGGGUAGUAUAACUCAGUUUCUACCCACCUUCCACACGGAGGUGGGUAGUAUAACUCAGUUUCUACCCACCUUCCACACGGAGGUGUGUAGUAUAACUCAGUUACUACUCACCUUCCACACGGAGGUGGGUAGUAUAACUCAGUUACCACCCACCUUCCACACGGAGGUGGGUAGUAUAACUCAGUUACUACUCACCUUCCACACGGAGGUGGGUAGUAUAACUCAGUUACCACCCACCUUCCAACCGGAGGUGGGUAGUAUAACUCAGUUACUACCCACCUUCCACACGGAGGUGGGUAGUAUAACUCAGUUACCACCCACCUUCCACACGGAGGUGGGUAGUAUAACUCAGUUUCUACCCACCUUCCACACGGAGGUGGGUACUAUAACUCAGUUUCCACCCAACUUCCACACGGAGGUGGGUAGUAUAACUCAGUUUCUACCCACCUUCCACACGGAGGUGGGUAGUAUAACUCAGUUUCUACCCACCUUCCACACGGAGGUGGGUAGUAUAACUCAGUUACUACUCACCUUCCACACGGAGGUGGGUAGUAUAACUCAGUUACCACCCACCUUCCACACGGAGUCGGGUAGUAUAACUCAGUUACCACCCACCUUCCACAUGAAGGUGGGUAGUAUAACUCAGUUUCUACCCACCUUCCACACGGAGGUGGGUAGUAUAACUCAGUUUCUACCCACCUUCCACACGGAGGUGGGUAGUAUAACUCAGUUACUACUCACCUUCCACACGGUGGUGGGUAGUAUAACUCAGUUACCACCCACCUUCCACACGGAGGUGGGUAGUAUAACUCAGUUACUACUCACCUUCCACACGGAGGUGGGUAGUAUAACUCAGUUACCACCCACCUUCCACAUGAAGGUGGGUAGUAUAACUCAGUUUCUACCCACCUUCCACACGGAGGUGGGUAGUAUAACUCAGUUUCUACCCACCUUCCACACGGAGGUGGGUAGUAUAACUCAGUUACUACUCACCUUCCACACGGAGGUGGGUAGUAUAACUCAGUUACCACCCACCUUCCACACGGAGGUGGGUAGUAUAACUCAGUUACUACUCACCUUCCACACGGAGGUGGGUAGUAUAACUCAGUUACCACCCACCUUCCACACGGAGGUGGGUAGUAUAACUCAGUUUCUACCCACCUUCCACACGGAGGUGGGUAGUAUAACUCAGUUUCCACCCAACUUCCACACGGAGGUGGGUAGUAUAACUCAGUUUCCACCCAACUUCCACACGGAGGUGGGUAGUAUAACUCAGUUUCUACCCACCUUCCACACGGAGGUGGGUAGUAUAACUCAGUUUCUACCCACCUUCCACACGGAGGUGGGUAGUAUAACUCAGUUUCUACCCACCUUCCACACGGAGGUGGGUAGUAUAACUCAGUUACUACUCACCUUCCACACGGAGGUGGGUAGUAUAACUCAGUUUCUACCCACCUUCCACACGGAGGUGGGUAGUAUAACUCAGUUUCUACCCACCUUCCACAAGGAGGUGGGUAGUAUAACUCAGUUUCUACCCACCUUCCACACGGAGGUGGGUAGUAUAACUCAGUUUCUACCCACCUUCCACACGGAGGUGGGUACUAUAACUCAGUUUCCACCCAACUUCCACACGGAGGUGGGUAGUAUAACUCAGUUUCCACCCAACUUCCACACGGGGGUGGGUAGUAUAACUCAGUUUCUACCCACCUUCAACACGGAGGUGGGUAGUAUAACUCAGUUUCUACCCACCUUCCACACGGAGGUGUGUAGUAUAACUCAGUUUCUACCCACCUUCCACACGGAGGUGGGUAGUAUAACUCAGUUUCUACCCACCUUCCACACGGAGGUGGGUACUAUAACUCAGUUUCCACCCAACUUCCACACGGAGGUGGGUAGUAUAACUCAGUUUCUACCCACCUUCCACACGGAGGUGGGUAGUAUAACUCAGUUUCUACCCACCUUCCACACGGAGGUGGGUAGUAUAACUCAGUUUCUACCCACCUUCCACACGGAGGUGGGUAGUAUAACUCAGUUUCUACCCACCUUCCACACGGAGGUGGGUAGUAUAACUCAGUUUCUACCCACCUUCCACACGGAGGUGGGUAGUAUAACUCAGUUUCUACCCACCUUCCACACGGAGGUGGGUACUAUAACUCAGUUUCUACCCACCUUCCACACGGAGGUGGGUAGUAUAACUCAGUUUCUACCCACCUUCCACACGGAGGUGGGUAGUAUAACUCAGUUUCUACCCACCUUCCACACGGAGGUGGGUAGUAUAACUCAGUUUCUACCCACCUUCCACACGGAGGUGGGUAGUAUAACUCAGUUUCUACCCACCUUCCACACGGAGGUGGGUAGUAUAAAUCAGUUUCUACCCACCUUCCACAUGAAGGUGGGUAGUAUAACUCAGUUUCUACCCACCUUCCACAUGAAGGUGGGUAGUAUAACUCAGUUUCCACCCAACUUCCACACGGAGGUGGGUAGUAUAACUCAGUUUCUACCCACCUUCCACACGGAGGUGGGUAGUAUAACUCAGUUUCUACCCACCUUCCACACGGAGGUGGGUAGUAUAACUCAGUUUCUACUUACCUUCCACACGGAGGUGGGUAGUAUAACUCAGUUUCUACCCACCUUCCACACGGAGGUGGGUAGUAUAACUCAGUUUCUACCCACCUUCCACAUGAAGGUGGGUAGUAUAACUCAGUUUCUACCCACCUUCCACACGGAGGUGGGUAGUAUAACUCAGUUACUACUCACCUUCCACACGGAGGUGGGUAGUAUAACUCAGUUUCUACCCACCUUCCACACGGAGGUGGGUAGUAUAACUCAGUUUCUACCCACCUUCCACACGGAGGUGGGUAGUAUAACUCAGUUUCUACCCACCUUCCACACGGAGGUGGGUAGUAUAACUCAGUUUCUACCCACCUUCCACACGGAGGUGGGUACUAUAACUCAGUUUCCACCCAACUUCCACACGGAGGUGGGUAGUAUAACUCAGUUUCCACCCAACUUCCACACGGAGGUGGGUAGUAUAACUCAGUUUCUACCCACCUUCCACACGGAUUUGGGUAGUAUAACUCAGUUUCUACCCACCUUCCACACGGAGGUGUGUAGUAUAACUCAGUUUCUACCCACCUUCCACACGGAGGUGGGUAGUAUAACUCAGUUUCUACCCACCUUCCACACGGAGGUGGGUACUAUAACUCAGUUUCCACCCAACUUCCACACGGAGGUGGGUAGUAUAACUCAGUUUCUACCCACCUUCCACACGGAGGUGGGUAGUAUAACUCAGUUUCUACCCACCGUCCACACGGAGGUGGGUAGUAUAACUCAGUUUCUACCCACCUUCCACACGGAGGUGGGUAGUAUAACUCAGUUUCUACCCACCUUCCACACGGAGGUGGGUACUAUAACUCAGUUUCUACCCACCUUCCACACGGAGGUGGGUAGUAUAACUCAGUUUCUACCCACCUUCCACACGGAGGUGGGUAGUAUAACUCAGUUUCUACCCACCUUCCACACGGAGGUGGGUAGUAUAACUCAGUUUCUACCCACCUUCCACACGGAGGUGGGUAGUAUAACUCAGUUUCUACCCACCUUCCACACGGAGGUGGGUAGUAUAACUCAGUUUCUACCCACCUUCCACACGGAGGUGGGUAGUAUAACUCAGUUUCUACCCACCUUCCACAUGAAGGUGGGUAGUAUAACUCAGUUUCUACCCACCUUCCACAUGAAGGUGGGUAGUAUAACUCAGUUUCCACCCAACUUCCACACGGAGGUGGGUAGUAUAACUCAGUUUCUACCCACCUUCCACACGGAGGUGGGUAGUAUAACUCAGUUUCUACCCACCUUCCACACGGAGGUGGGUAGUAUAACUCAGUUUGUACCCACCUUCCACACGGAGGUGGGUAGUAUAACUCAGUUUCUACCCACCUUCCACACGGAGGUGGGUAGUAUAACUCAGUUUCUACCCACCUUCCACAUGAAGGUGGGUAGUAUAACUCAGUUUCUACCCACCUUCCACAUGAAGGUGGGUAGUAUAACUCAGUUUCCACCCAACUUCCACACGGAGGUGGGUAGUAUAACUCAGUUUCUACCCACCUUCCACACGGAGGUGGGUAGUAUAACUCAGUUUCUACCCACUUUCCACAUGAAGGUGGGUACUAUAACUCAGUUUCUACCCACCUUCCACACGGAGGUGGGUAGUAUAACUCAGUUACUACUCACCUUCCACACGGAGGUGGGUAGUAUAACUCAGUUACCACCCACCUUCCACACGGAGGUGGGUAGUAUAACUCAGUUUCUACCCACCUUCCACACGGUGGUGGGUAGUAUAACUCAGUUUCUACCCACCUUCCACACGGAGGUGGGUAGUAUAACUCAGUUUGUACCCACCUUCCACACGGAGGUGGGUAGUAUAACUCAGUUUCUACCCACCUUCCACACGGAGGUGGGUAGUAUAACUCAGUUUCUACCCACCUUCCACACGGAGGUGGGUAGUAUAACUCAGUUUCUACCCACCUUCCACACGGUGGUGGGUAGUAUAACUCAGUUUCUACCCACCUUCCACACGGAGGUGGGUAGUAUAACUCAGUUUCUACCCACCUUCCACACGGAGGUGGGUAGUAUAACUCAGUUUCUACCCACCUUCCACACGGAGGUGGGUAGUAUAACUCAGUUACUACCCACCUUCCACACGGAGGUGGGUAGUAUAACUCAGUUACUACCCACCUUCCACACGGAGGUGGGUAGUAUAACUCAGUUACCACCCACCUUCCACACGGAGGUGGGUAGUAUAACUCAGUUUCUACCCACCUUCCACACGCAGGUGGGUAGUAUAACUCAGUUACUACCCACCUUCCUCACGGAGGUGGGUAGUAUAACUCAGUUACUACCCACCUUCCACACGGAGGUGGGUAGUAUAACUCAGUUUCUACCCACCUUCCACACGGAGGUGGGUAGUAUAACUCAGUUUCUACCCACCUUCCACACGGAGGUGGGUAGUAUAACUCAGUUUCUUCCCACCUUCCACACGGAGGUGGGUAGUAUAACUCAGUUACUACCCACCUUCCACACGAAGGUGGGUAGUAUAACUCAGUUUUUACCCACCUUCCACACGGAGGUGGGUAGUAUAACUCAGUUACUACCCACCUUCCACACGGAGGUGGGUACUAUAACUCAGUUUCUACCCACCUUCCACACGGAGGUGGGUAGUAUAACUCAGUUUCUACCCACCUUCCACACGGAGGUGGGUAGUAUAACUCAGUUUCUACCCACCUUCCACACGGAGGUGGGUAGUAUAACUCAGUUUCUACCCACCUUCCACACGGAGGUGGGUAGUAUAACUCAGUUUCUACCCACCUUCCACACGGAGGUGGGUAGUAUAACUCAGUUUCUACCCACCUUCCACACGGAGGUGGGUAGUAUAACUCAGUUACUACCCACCUUCCACACGGAGGUGGGUAGUAUAACUCAGUUUGUACCCACCUUCCACACGGAGGUGGGUAGUAUAACUCAGUUUCUACCCACCUUCCACACGGAGGUGGGUAGUAUAACUCAGUUUCUACCCACCUUCCACACGGAGGUGGGUAGUAUAACUCAGUUUGUACCCACCUUCCACACGGAGGUGGGUAGUAUAACUCAGUUUGUACCCACCUUCCACACGGAGGUGGGUAGUAUAACUCAGUUUCUACCCACCUUCCACACGGAGGUGGGUAGUAUAACUCAGUUUCUACCCACCUUCCACACGGAGGUGGGUAGUAUAACUCAGUUUCUACCCACCUUCCACACGGAGGUGGGUAGUAUAACUCAGUUACUACCCACCUUCCACACGGAGGUGGGUAGUAUAACUCAGUUUGUACCCACCUUCCACACGGAGGUGGGUAGUAUAACUCAGUUACUACCCACCUUCCACACGGAGGUGGGUAGUAUAACUCAGUUUCUACCCACCUUCCACACGGAGGUGGGUAGUAUAACUCAGUUUCUACCCACCUUCCACACGGAGGUGGGUAGUAUAACUCAGUUUCUACCCACCUUCCACACGGAGGUGGGUAGUAUAACUCAGUUUCUACCCAACUUCCACACGGAGGUGGGUAGUAUAACUCAGUUUCUACCCACCUUCCACACGGAGAUGGGUAGUAUAACUCAGUUUGUACCCACCUUCCACACGGAGGUGGGUAGUAUAACUCAGUUUCUACCCACCUUCCACACGGAGGUGGGUAGUAUAACUCAGUUUCUACCCACCUUCCACACGGAGGUGGGUAGUAUAACUCAGUUUCUACCCACCUUCCACACGGAGGUGGGUAGUAUAACUCAGUUUCUACCCACCUUCCACACGGAGGUGGGUAGUAUAACUCAGUUUCUACCCACCUUCCACACGGAGGUGGGUAGUAUAACUCAGUUUCUACCCACCUUCCACACGGAGGUGGGUAGUAUAACUCAGUUACUACCCACCUUCCACACGGAGGUGGGUAGUAUAACUCAGUUUGUACCCACCUUCCACACGGAGGUGGGUAGUAUAACUCAGUUACUACCCACCUUCCACACGGAGGUGGGUAGUAUAACUCAGUUUGUACCCACCUUCCACACGGAGGUGGGUAGUAUAACUCAGUUUCUACCCACCUUCCACACGGAGGUGGGUAGUAUAACUCAGUUUCUACCCACCUUCCACACGGAGGUGGGUAGUAUAACUCAGUUUCUACCCACCUUCCACACGGAGGUGGGUAGUAUAACUCAGUUUCUACCCACCUUCCACACGGAGGUGGGUAGUAUAACUCAGUUUCUACCCACCUUCCACACGGAGGUGGGUAGUAUAACUCAGUUUCUACCCACCUUCCACACGGAGGUGGGUAGUAUAACUCAGUUUCUACCCACCUUCCACACGGAGGUGGGUAGUAUAACUCAGUUUCUACCCACCUUCCACACGGAGGUGGGUAGUAUAACUCAGUUUGUACCCACCUUCCACACGGAGGUGGGUAGUAUAACUCAGUUACUACCCACCUUCCACACGGAGGUGAGUAGUAUAACUCAGUUUGUACCCACCUUCCACACGGAGGUGGGUAGUAUAACUCAGUUUCUACCCACCUUCCACACGGAGGUGGGUAGUAUAACUCAGUUUGUACCCACCUUCCACACGGAGGUGGGUAGUAUAACUCAGUUUCUACCCACCUUCCACACGGAGGUGGGUAGUAUAACUCAGUUUCUACCCACCUUCCACACGGAGGUGGGUAGUAUAACUCAGUUUCUACCCACCUUCCACACGGAGGUGGGUAGUAUAACUCAGUUUCUACCCACCUUCCACACGGAGGUGGGUAGUAUAACUCAGUUUGUACCCACCUUCCACACGGAGGUGGGUAGUAUAACUCAGUUUCUACCCACCUUCCACACGGAGGUGGGUAGUAUAACUCAGUUUGUACCCACCUUCCACACGGAGGUGGGUAGUAUAACUCAGUUUCUACCCACCUUCCACACGGAGGUGGGUAGUAUAACUCAGUUUCUACCCACCUUCCACACGGAGGUGGGUAGUAUAACUCAGUUUCUACCCACCUUCCACACGGAGGUGGGUAGUAUAACUCAGUUUCUACCCACCUUCCACACGGAGGUGGGUAGUAUAACUCAGUUUCUACCCACCUUCCACACGGAGGUGGGUAGUAUAACUCAGUUUCUACCCACCUUCCACACGGAGGUGGGUAGUAUAACUCAGUUUGUACCCACCUUCCACACGGAGGUGGGUAGUAUAACUCAGUUUCUACCCACCUUCCACACGGAGGUGGGUAGUAUAACUCAGUUUCUACCCACCUUGCACACGGAGGUGGGUAGUAUAACUCAGUUUCUACCCACCUUCCACACGGAGGUGGGUAGUAUAACUCAGUUUCCACCCACCUUCCACACGGAGGUGGGUAGUAUAACUCAGUUUCUACCCACCUUCCACACGGAGGUGGGUAGUAUAACUCAGUUUCUACCCACCUUCCACACGGAGGUGGGUAGUAUAACUCAGUUUGUACCCACCUUCCACACGGAGGUGGGUAGUAUAACUCAGUUUCUACCCACCUUCCACACGGAGGUGGGUAGUAUAACUCAGUUUCUACCCACCUUCCACACGGAGGUGGGUAGUAUAACUCAGUUUGUACCCACCUUCCACAUGGAGGUGGGUAGUAUAACUCAGUUUCUACCCACCUUCCACACGGAGGUGGGUAGUAUAACUCAGUUUCUACCCACCUUCCACACGGAGGUGGGUAGUAUAACUCAGUUUCUACCCACCUUCCACACGGAGGUGGGUAGUAUAAUUCAGUUUGUACCCACCUUCCACACGGAGGUGGGUAGUAUAACUCAGUUUCUACCCACCUUCCACACGGAGGUGGGUAGUAUAACUCAGUUUCUACCCACCUUCCACACGGAGGUGGGUAGUAUAACUCAGUUUCCACCCACCUUCCACACGGAGGUGGGUAGUAUAACUCAGUUUCUACCCACCUUCCACACGGAGGUGGGUAGUAUAACUCAGUUUCUACCCACCUUCCACACGGAGGUGGGUAGUAUAACUCAGUUUCUACCCACCUUCCACACGGAGAAGGGUAGUAUAACUCAGUUUCUACCCACCUUCCACACGGAGGUGGGUAGUAUAACUCAGUUUCUACCCACCUUCCACACGGAGGUGGGUAGUAUAACUCAGUUUCUACCCACCUUCCACACGGAGGUGGGUAGUAUAACUCAGUUUGUACCCACCUUCCACACGGAGGUGGGUAGUAUAACUCAGUUACUACCCACCUUCCACACGGAGGUGGGUAGUAUAACUCAGUUUGUACCCACCUUCCACACGGAGGUGGGUAGUAUAACUCAGUUUCUACCCACCUUCCACACGGAGGUGGGUAGUAUAACUCAGUUUCUACCCACCUUCCACACGGAGGUGGGUAGUAUAACUCAGUUUCUACCCACCUUCCACACGGAGGUGGGUAGUAUAACUCAGUUUCUACCCACCUUCCACACGGAGGUGGGUAGUAUAACUCAGUUUCUACCCACCUUCCACACGGAGGUGGGUAGUAUAACUCAGUUUGUACCCACCUUCCACAUGGAGGUGGGUAGUAUAACUCAGUUUCUACCCACCUUCCACACGGAGGUGGGUAGUAUAACUCAGUUUCUACCCACCUUCCACACGGAGGUGGGUAGUAUAACUCAGUUUCUACCCACCUUCCACACGGAGGUGGGUAGUAUAACUCAGUUUGUACCCACCUUCCACACGGAGGUGGGUAGUAUAACUCAGUUUCUACCCACCUUCCACACGGAGGUGGGUAGUAUAACUCAGUUUCUACCCACCUUCCACACGGAGGUGGGUAGUAUAACUCAGUUUCCACCCACCUUCCACACGGAGGUGGGUAGUAUAACUCAGUUUCUACCCACCUUCCACACGGAGGUGGGUAGUAUAACUCAGUUUCUACCCACCUUCCACACGGAGGUGGGUAGUAUAACUCAGUUUCUACCCACCUUCCACACGGAGAAGGGUAGUAUAACUCAGUUUCUACCCACCUUCCACACGGAGGUGGGUAGUAUAACUCAGUUUCUACCCACCUUCCACACGGAGGUGGGUAGUAUAACUCAGUUUGUACCCACCUUCCACACGGAGGUGGGUAGUAUAACUCAGUUACUACCCACCUUCCACACGGAGGUGGGUAGUAUAACUCAGUUUGUACCCACCUUCCACACGGAGGUGGGUAGUAUAACUCAGUUUCUACCCACCUUCCACACGGAGGUGGGUAGUAUAACUCAGUUUCUACCCACCUUCCACACGGAGGUGGGUAGUAUAACUCAGUUUCUACCCACCUUCCACACGGAGGUGGGUAGUAUAACUCAGUUUCUACCCACCUUCCACACGGAGGUGGGUAGUAUAACUCAGUUUGUACCCACCUUCCACACGGAGGUGGGUAGUAUAACUCAGUUACUACCCACCUUCCACACGGAGGUGGGUAGUAUAACUCAGUUUGUACCCACCUUCCACACGGAGGUGGGUAGUAUAACUCAGUUUCUACCCACCUUCCACACGGAGGUGGGUAGUAUAACUCAGUUUCUACCCACCUUCCACACGGAGGUGGGUAGUAUAACUCAGUUUCUACCCACCUUCCACACGGAGGUGGGUAGUAUAACUCAGUUUCUACCCACCUUCCACACGGAGGUGGGUAGUAUAACUCAGUUUCUACCCACCUUCCACACGGAGGUGGGUAGUAUAACUCAGUUUGUACCCACCUUCCACAUGGAGGUGGGUAGUAUAACUCAGUUUCUACCCACCUUCCACACGGAGGUGGGUAGUAUAACUCAGUUUCUACCCACCUUCCACACGGAGGUGGGUAGUAUAACUCAGUUUCUACCCACCUUCCACACGGAGGUGGGUAGUAUAACUCAGUUUGUACCCACCUUCCACACGGAGGUGGGUAGUAUAACUCAGUUUCUACCCACCUUCCACACGGAGGUGGGUAGUAUAACUCAGUUUCUACCCACCUUCCACACGGAGGUGGGUAGUAUAACUCAGUUUCCACCCACCUUCCACACGGAGGUGGGUAGUAUAACUCAGUUUCUACCCACCUUCCACACGGAGGUGGGUAGUAUAACUCAGUUUCUACCCACCUUCCACACGGAGGUGGGUAGUAUAACUCAGUUUCUACCCACCUUCCACACGGAGAAGGGUAGUAUAACUCAGUUUCUACCCACCUUCCACACGGAGGUGGGUAGUAUAACUCAGUUUCUACCCACCUUCCACACGGAGGUGGGUAGUAUAACUCAGUUUCUACCCACCUUCCACACGGAGGUGGGUAGUAUAACUCAGUUUGUACCCACCUUCCACACGGAGGUGGGUAGUAUAACUCAGUUACUACCCACCUUCCACACGGAGGUGGGUAGUAUAACUCAGUUUGUACCCACCUUCCACACGGAGGUGGGUAGUAUAACUCAGUUUCUACCCACCUUCCACACGGAGGUGGGUAGUAUAACUCAGUUUCUACCCACCUUCCACACGGAAGUGGGUAGUAUAACUCAGUUUCUACCCACCUUCCACACGGAGGUGGGUAGUAUAACUCAGUUUCUACCCACCUUCCACACGGAGGUGGGUAGUAUAACUCAGUUUCUACCCACCUUCCACAUGGAGGUGGGUAGUAUAACUCAGUUUCUACCCACCUUCCACACGGAGGUGGGUAGUAUAACUCAGUUUCUACCCACCUUCCACACGGAGGUGGGUAGUAUAACUCAGUUUCUACCCACCUUCCACACGGAGGUGGGUAGUAUAACUCAGUUUCUACCCACCUUCCACACGGAGGUGGGUAGUAUAACUCAGUUUCUACCCACCUUCCACACGGAGGUGGGUAGUAUAACUCAGUUUCUACCCACCUUCCACACGGAGGUGGGUAGUAUAACUCAGUUUCUACCCACCUUCCACACGGAGGUGGGUAGUAUAACUCAGUUACUACCCACCUUCCACACGGAGGUGGGUAGCAUAACUCAGUUUCUACCCACCUUCCACACGGAGGUGGGUAGUAUAACUCAGUUUGUACCCACCUUCCACACGGAGGUGGGUAGUAUAACUCAGUUUCUACCCACCUUCCACACGGAGGUGGGUAGUAUAACUCAGUUUCUACCCACCUUCCACACGGAGGUGGGUAGUAUAACUCAGUUACUACCCACCUUCCACACGGAGGUGGGUAGUAUAACUCAGUUUCUACCCACCUUCCACACGGAGGUGGGUAGUAUAAUUCAGUUUCUACCCACCUUCCACACGGAGGUGGGUAGUAUAACUCAGUUUCUACCCACCUUCCACACGGAGGUGGGUAGUAUAACUCAGUUUCUACCCACCUUCCACACGGAGGUGGGUAGUAUAACUCAGUUUGUACCCACCUUCCACACGGAGGUGGGUAGUAUAACUCAGUUUCUACCCACCUUCCACACGGAGGUGGGUAGUAUAACUCAGUUUCUACCCACCUUCCACACGGAGGUGGGUAGUAUAACUCAGUUUGUACCCACCUUCCACACGGAGGUGGGUAGUAUAACUCAGUUUCUACCCACCUUCCACACGGAGGUGGGUAGUAUAACUCAGUUUGUACCCACCUUCCACACGGAGGUGGGUAGUAUAACUCAGUUUGUACCCACCUUCCACACGGAGGUGGGUAGUAUAACUCAGUUUCUACCCACCUUCCACACGGAGGUGGGUAGUAUAACUCAGUUUGUACCCACCUUCCACACGGAGGUGGGUAGUAUAACUCAGUUUCUACCCACCUUCCACACGGAGGUGGGUAGUAUAACUCAGUUUCUACCCACCUUCCACACGGAGGUGGGUAGUAUAACUCAGUUUCUACCCACUUUCCACACGGAGGUGGGUAGUAUAACUCAGUUUGUACCCACCUUCCACACGGAGGUGGGUAGUAUAACUCAGUUUCUACCCACCUUCCACACGGAGGUGGGUAGUAUAACUCAGUUUGUACCCACCUUCCACACGGAGGUGGGUAGUAUAACUCAGUUUCUACCCACCUUCCACACGGAGGUGGGUAGUAUAACUCAGUUUGUACCCACCUUCCACACGGAGGUGGGUAGUAUAACUCAGUUUCUACCCACCUUCCACACGGAGGUGGGUAGUAUAACUCAGUUUCUACCCACCUUCCACACGGAGGUGGGUAGUAUAACUCAGUUUGUACCCACCUUCCACACGGAGGUGGGUAGUAUAACUCAGUUUCUACCCACCUUCCACACGGAGGUGGGUAGUAUAACUCAGUUUGUACCCACCUUCCACACGGAGGUGGGUAGUAUAACUCAGUUUCUACCCACCUUCCACACGGAGGUGGGUAGUAUAACUCAGUUUCUACCCACCUUCCACACGGAGGUGGGUAGUAUAACUCAGUUUCUACCCACCUUCCACACGGAGGUGGGUAGUAUAACUCAGUUUCUACCCACCUUCCACACGGAGGUGGGUAGUAUAACUCAGUUUCUACCCACCUUCCACACGGAGGUGGGUAGUAUAACUCAGUUACUACCCACCUUCCACACGGAGGUGGGUAGUAUAACUCAGUUUCUACCCACCUUCCACACGGAGGUGGGUAGUAUAACUCAGUUUCUACCCACCUUCCACACGGAGGUGGGUAGUAUAACUCAGUUUCUACCCACCUUCCACACGGAGGUGGGUAGUGUAACUCAGUUUCUACCCACCUUCCACACGGAGGUGGGUAGUGUAACUCAGUUUCUACCCACCUUCCACACGGAGGUGGGUAGUAUAACUCAGUUUGUACGCACCUUCCACACGGAGGUGGGUAGUAUAACUCAGUUUCUACCCACCUUCCACACGGAGGUGGGUAGUGUAACUCAGUUUCUACCCACCUUCCACACGGAGGUGGGUAGUGUAACUCAGUUUCUACCCACCUUCCACACGGAGGUGGGUAGUAUAACUCAGUUUCUACCCACCUUCCACACGGAGGUGGGUAGUAUAACUCAGUUUCUACCCACCUUCCACACGGAGGUGGGUAGUAUAACUCAGUUUCUACCCACCUUCCACACGGAGGUGGGUAGUAUAACUCAGUUUCUACCCACCUUCCACACGGUGGUGGGUAGUAUAACUCAGUUACUACCCACCUUCCACACGGAGGUGGGUAGUAUAACUCUGUUUCUACCCACCUUCCACACGGAGGUGGGUACUAUAACUCAGAUUCUACCCACCUUCCACACGGAGGUGGGUAGUAUAACUCAGUUUCUACCCACCUUCCACACGGAGGUGGGUAGUAUAACUCAGUUUCUACCCACCUUCCACACGGAGGUGGGUAGUAUAACUCAGUUUCUACCCACCUUCCACACGGAUGUGGGUAGUAUAACUCAGUUUCUACCCACCUUCCACACGGAGGUGGGUAGUGUAACUCAGUUUCUACCCACCUUCCACACGGAGACUGACUGGUGUACGCUGGCGCUGCAGGCGCGGCGCGGCGUGUCUGGCUGGCUAAAUGCGCUGCGGUCCGCGCGCGCCGCAGCGGAGCUUCGCUUCCCACCUGCGCCUGCCUGCCGGCUCGUCCUCGUCUCCUUCUCCCGUCUCUUUUAG